GGUGGAUGCACCUUCGUUGCACUUCGAAAAAUUGAGCAGGCAACAAAAGAGUCGAUCAGGACAACUGAUCGGCCGUCGAACUUAGAGACCAUUGCUCGUGAAAGAGGCUUUACAGUUUCAGAUAAUAAAGGAGCUGGAAACUGUAUGUUUAUUGCACUCUCGGAACAGCUUCGCCUGGUAACAGGAAGGAGAAUCUCGCAUAAAGAUUUACGCCGACUUGUUGUUCAAUACCUUAAGGAAAACCCCACGACGGUAAGUAUCUUAAUUGUUUUUCUUAAAAUUAUAGUGAGGACUAGUGACGAAACUGAUGCGAAGUCCGAAGGAGCGUUUCGUUGUAGGAAAUCAAGUAUUAGUAUGUGUAAUCAAAUGGUGACGAGUGAAAUUAGGGAUAAUGAUGAUGAUGAUGAUGAAACCUUUAUUUAAGUGUCAUAAAAUUCUAGUACAUUACAGUACUAAUUGGGGACACUAAAACAAAGCUAAUUAAAAUAAAGUAAAAUUAUCAUAAUUAAGACUUAAGAAUCUAAAAUUCCUAAAAAAUAUGUACAAUUUAUAUCAAAUUAAUCAUAUAAAAUUUAAAAACAUUUAUCAUGAAAAUUCACAUAUCAUAUUAGGUAUUACAUAAAUAGCAAGAGGCACAGCUACUGUUGUCCAAUGCGGAGAUAUCUCUACAGUUUAUCAUUCGUUUGAAGUCUUUCAGAGUUGGUGCAUUUCUCUCAGAGCUGGACAACUUGGACCAUAACAAUGGGCCCAAGUAUCUGAUGGAAUGCCUUCCAUACUUUACAGUAUUGUAUCUUGGAAGGAUAAAGUCUGAGUUUCGGAGGCUGUAUGGCUUUAAAUCAUUUCUUUUGACAAUGUUUUCAAAGUAACCUGGCGCCAUUUGGUGCUUAACCUUGUACAUCAGAAAUAGUAUGUCCUUCAACCUUCUUUCAUUUAAUGUAUCUAGAUUAGCCCUUUUUAAAAUGUCUUCAUAAGAUGAGGUUUUGUCUAGAUAGAUUACCCGUAAAGCCCUUUCCUGUAUCCGUUCUAAUUUACGUUUUCCGAAGCCCUGGCAAAGUGCCAGACUUUUUGACAAUACGUGAGGUGUGGGAGGAUGGCCGAUUUGAAUAGUGCGAGUUUUGCUGGGACAGGUACUAAAUUUUUCAGACGAGAUAGUACUCCUAUUUGUUGACUAGCCUUCCUACAUAAUAAUAAAGGCUCGGGAAAUUAUUAGAAUUUGGACAAAACGCAAGUGAAAUUAUUCCCUAAUUUCACAAGUAUACCAUUUGAUUACCUAUUGAUAUCAUGGGUGACGAAUUACGUUAGCAAUCUUGGAUUUUUGACAUGUUUAUCUGGAUUGUAUCUAUUAUCCAUGAUUGUAUCGAUCGAGAACUCCACUCUCUCAAAUGUUUAGACCUUAAAUUUGGCUCACAAAGUUCAGAAUUUUUCAGGCUUUUUCGGUAAAUUACCUGUUAGAAUCCUUCUUGAUGUUCUCUUGUGUGUUCAGGUUUUCUAAAGCGUCUUUUUGUGCCCUGACAUCUUCGUUCACGGCAUUUUAAAACUUCGUCGCCAUCUUGACACUGAGACGUACGGAAGGGUUGCCAUGGCAAUUAAAUUAACGCUGAAAUUUCGCGCCAAAAAACUGGAAUGGCUUCUACUCGAGUGACUGGAUCAUCGUGUUAAGUUUGUUUUCUAAACAGAGGUAUUAAAAUGAAAAAAAUAAAAUAAAGUAAAAGACAAGUUUCAAUAAAUUUUCGCAGUAGGAAAAAAGCAAUGCUUGAAAGAAUGGAGAAAAAUUGCCAAAAGGAGAAAUAAUUAGCAAUUAUUGAAUGAAGCUGAGUAUCUCAUGAACAAAAUGUGGUAGAAUCUCAUUGUUAUCUAUCGAGGCCGAUCGGUGGAUAACACCCUCCGAGAUCUGCAGAAUUCUUCAUAUCCUAUGAAAGCCGAAUUCAAUAAUUGUUUUAUUAUUCCUUCAAAAUAAUUCGAAGGUUAAAAACAAGCUCAGACAUGCUAACCUUGGUCGAUGUAAGUUCAUCUUUGUUGGGAAUUUGUAGGAGAUAAAGGUCUGCUCAGGUCUGCAAACUCCAAACAGUAGGUGUUGUCCGUCGAGUUGAUUUCUUGCUGUUCUUGCGAUGUUUUUAGACAAUAUUGAAACAAUAGUGAAACGAGUAAAAUGUUCCGCCGACAGUUCCGCCAUUUUGUUGUAACUACCAAAACAACUCAACUUCGUCCCCAGGUUUUCCCCCGUGCAAGCACCAUAAUAAUCCACCUUUUAAGUUGUUUGAUUCCUGUAAACCUAGUUGUAUUACUAGUUGUCGUGAUAGAUUAUAUGGACGAUAUUUCCUUUAGCAAGAGAAGAAAAAACAGGGGAUACACAUAUCUCUGCGCCGGGUCAGUGAUAUGUGUAUCCCUUCUGUGAGCGCCACAAUAUUCCACCUUUGCAUGUUGUUUGAUUCCUGUCUUAACUCUAGUUGUGUUACUAGUUAUGUUAGAUGAUAUCGACGACAUUUCCUUUAGCAAGAGAAGAUAUUUCCUUAUUGUGUCGUGGAUGAGCAUCAGUGUUUAUUGUAUCCCCACCCGGGAUACACAUAUCACUAGGGAUAUGUGUAUGGGGAUACACAUAUCACGGGGAUACACAUAUCACUGUGACACCGGGAUGCAUAAUCCUCUAGAGACCACAUAUCACUAAACAUUUCGACCAAAAUAAUUGUCUGUAGAGUCAACAAAACCACAUGUAACGCUACCGACUGACAAAAAAGCUGACUUCAUGUCAAGGGGAUUUUGCCUCUAAGCCAAUGAAUUUGCCGGACAUCGAUCACGUGAUAUUCCGCCAGUACAGGCAUGUGCUUUAAAGAGUAGGGGGCGAUUCGUUAAGGCGAUUCGACGACAAAGGAAAAACCCAGUCCAUCUUAAAACCCGUCUCUUCCUGAAAGGAAGGCCAGGUAACAGCUUCCUAAGUGAGUAUCGUCUGUUAAUGCACUUUUCCUUCUUUCAAGUAACUGAAGUAUUUUUUCUCUCGGGCAGCGAGACGGGACACACCUCUUCCACUUUAUUGAUGGAUAUCCAUCGUGGGAUGCCUACCUCACAGACAUGAUGAAAGAUCAUAUAUGGGGUGAUCAUCUGAUUCUCAACGGU